CACAGCGGGUUCCUAUCCUAUCUCUUUAUCUCCGGCCCGUUACGAGCACAAAGUGUCCGCUCUCUCCCUCUUAAAACUUGGAGAGAGGGGGAAAAAGAACUUCAUAGUUAAGCUAAGUACAAGAGAAGAGAGAGAAAGUGAAGCAUAGUUAAGGAAACCGCGAUUAGGAGAGAGGAUGGACUACGUAUAUGGGCCGGGGAGGAACCACCUUUUUGUUCCCGGGCCGGUGAACAUCCCGGAGCCCGUGCUGAGGGCGAUGAACCGGAACAACGAGGACUACCGAUCCCCAGCCGUGCCUGCACUCACCAAGACUCUUCUUGAGGAUGUCAAGAAGAUCUUCAAGACUACAAGCGGGACCCCUUUCCUCAUCCCCACCACAGGUACUGGGGCAUGGGAAAGUGCACUUACAAAUACGCUAUCACCCGGUGACAGGAUUGUAUCUUUUCUGAUCGGGCAGUUCAGUCUCCUAUGGAUCGAUCAACAACAGCGCCUGAAAUUCAACGUCGAUGUUGUUGAAAGUGACUGGGGGCAGGGGGCCAAUCUCGAUGUUUUGGCCUCGAAGUUGGCAGAAGAUAGGAGCCAUACCAUCAAGGCCAUUUGCAUAGUGCACAAUGAGACUGCAACCGGAGUCACCAAUGAUUUGUCAGCUGUAAGGAAAUUGCUCGGUAAGCAAUACAAUUCUUUUUUUUUUUAACCAAACCAAAUCAUCAUGUA